CCCAGCCAUUCAGUUAUUGGUGUGACUUUGGCGCAAUCGGAUCGUUUCUCUCUCCGGUCGGUGCUGCUUCGCGUCGUGCGGUGCGUGCCUAGUGUAGGGCAGUGCUAGUGUGUGCAAAGAAAGUUGGCCCCAACGAGCAAGUGCGUGUGUGUUUAAAGCAGUUGUGUGUGUGCGAACUGCCUGUCCGUCUGUCUGUCUGCCUGUCCGUCGGUUGCUGGUGCGUUGUGUGCAGCGGCGUGCAUUCGAUGCACCACGGUUUAUUUUUUUGCAUCACUUUUCGCCCGCGGUUUGGUGAAUUUGAUACAGUGCCCUACUGUGGUCGACAACUCAGCGACAGAGAGAGCGAGAGAGAGAAAGAGAGAGAGUAAUAAUUAACUCACCGCAUUCAGAAAUUUCAAUUAAGUUUGAUGGUUAUGGUGGACAAUAUUGCUCGUUUAUGUCAGAGGAUGUAAUGCGAAUAGGAUAGUUGUGCUAUAUUCAAGAAAAGAGAACCCUCGUUGGGCACAUUUUACAAUUGCAUACAGUACGGUGAAAAGUGAUUUAAAAUUUUGAGAAGAGCGCAAAUAGUUUGAACGUAUCGUACUAGAGAAGCAAAUCUAUCAGAACACAUUGUGUAACCUGUUUUCGAGGAGUAUUUUAGUUGGUGCCUAUUAAAAGCAGAAGUUUAGUGAGAGCUUUCCAACCCCUUUGUAGAGCUUUCGUAUCGCCCCCAGCCGUAUGCCGGAAGCACGCUCGCCCUCUCGCCAUAGCGGCUGCAAGUGAUGCGCCAGGAAGAUGGUGGUAUGCGUGGCCGGCAGUAAGAUGCUCGCUGACCGCUGCUGGCUCGUGGACGGCAUACCGUUGACCGUGAGCGCGUACCGACGAGCGUCGUACGAGCGUGUGAAACAGCCCGACUUCUCGCCCCGGUGUUCCGCUGCGUAACGUAACGUUAUGAAGUCCUGUGGACGCGAUCCGACCGAACGUACCAAAGCGUUGCAAGCAAACAGUGCAAACAGUUCCGGUGGGCGGGUGGGCACGUCGCUGCUCGGUGGAGUGCAGUGCAGUGCGUUCGUGGUGAUAGUGGGGCUCCUGCUCGGCGGGCUGGUGGCGCUGACCGGGGCGGAUGUGUUUACCGUCGGCUAUCUGACCGGAUCACAGCGGCGGCCGGGCGAUCGCGUUUACGCACGACCGGGAUUACAAAUUUCCGGUGCCAUAACCCUAGCGAUGGCCGAGGUGAACGACCGGUACUUCAGCCAGCACGGGCACGAGCUGCGGUUCGAGGUGGCCGAAACGUACGGCGAGGAGGUGACCAGCAUCCGGAAGACGGCCGACCUGUGGACGCGGGACGUGAUCGCUUACCUCGGGCCGCAGGAAACGUGCGUGCACGAGGGUCGCAUGGCGGCCGCCUUCAAUUUGCCGAUGAUUUCCUACUUCUGUACACACAACGAGACGUCCAACAAGAAGCAUUUUCCAACGUUCGCUCGAACCCGUCCGCCGGAUCUGCAAAUCUCCAAAUCGGUCGUCUCGCUGCUGCUGGCCUACAACUGGACCCAGGUUAGUUUUUUGUAUCGUGCUUCAGACAACGGUGAGCUCGACGCGGUGGCCGAAACGCUCAAGACGACGCUCCGGACGGCCAGCAUCCGGAUCCGGUCGGUCGGCACCUGGACCGACAUCUACCAUCACGGGUACUCGAGCAAUCCGUUCGAGCGGCUAGUGGAGGAUACGUACGAGGACACGAGAAUUUAUCUGGUGCUCGGGUACCACUACGAGCAUAUCGGGCUGCUGGUGAGCCUGCGGAGGCGCGGCCUGCUCGACCGCGGCGACUACUUCGUGGUCGGCGUCGACAUCGACCAGUACGAUGCGGCCCUGCCGACCAAGUACAUGCACGGGCUGCUGCAGACGACGCCGGAUCCGGACGCGGUCGAAGCGUUCCGCCACUAUCUGGGCAUCGUGCCGUCGGCACCGGUGCGGUUCGAGGAGUUUGCGGUUAAGGUUAACAAAUAUUUGGAGCUGCCACCGUUCAACUAUCGGAACGCGCUGAUCUUCUUCGGGGGCGUCAAGCAGAUAAGGGCGGAAGCUGCCUAUCUGUACGAUGCGGUUCAUCUGUAUGCAAAUGCACUGAUGCAGGUGCUGGUGUCGGGCGGCAGUCCGAAAAACGGUUCCGCCAUCAUCGAAGCGAUCAAGGGACGGGCGUACAUCAGUGCGAUGGGCUAUCUGGUGCACAUCGAUGAGAAUGGGGACGCAACCGGCAACUAUACCAUCCUCGCCCGGAAACCCGUCCCGAGUACGGGCGCCACCAACCAGUACGGAUUGUUUCCGAUCGGGCGGUUCAGCUCGCCCACCGUCGAUCGCAUACCGUUUAAAAUUCAGGAGAUACGCCUGUUUGAUACGAUCGAUUGGGUCGGAUCCGGUCCUCCGGUGGCGGAGCCGCGCUGUGGCUUUCGUGGGGAAAAGUGUAUCAGUUACACGGGCGAAAUAACGGGUGGCAUUGCCGGUGGGGCCCUGCUGCUGCUCGGUGUCGUCUCGCUCGUCCUCUACCGGAACUGGCGCUACGAGCAGGAGCUCGACAGUCUGCUGUGGAAGGUUGACUUUCGGGAAAUUCAAAUGCACGAAAAUGAGAAGGUAACGGCCGGACAGAAGAUGACACGGUCCACCCACCCGCUGAUACGGACGAGCCAGGUCAGCUUAAGCUCCAACCCGGACCUGGACUUUCGCUACUCGACCAUCUUCACCCCGAUCGGGCUGUACAAGGGCCAGCUGUACGCGAUCAAGAAGGUGAAGAAGAAAAGCAUCGACAUUACGCGCGAGAUGAAGAAGGAGCUGAAGCUGCUGCGCGACAUGCGCCACGACAACCUGAACGCGUUCAUCGGCGCCUGCACCGAUCCGCCCAACAUUUGCAUCAUCACCGAUUACUGCAACCGGGGGAGUUUGAAGGACGUGCUGGAAAACGAGGACGUCAAGCUGGACAACAUGUUUACGGCCUCGAUGGUGGCGGACAUACUGCGCGGCAUGAUCUAUCUGCACGACUCGCCGCUCCGCUUUCACGGGUCGCUCCGCACGUCCAACUGUCUGAUCGACUCCCGGUGGGUGGUGAAGCUGAGCGACUUUGGGCUGUUUGCGUUCAAGCAGGGCUCGGAGGAGGUGCCGGACGAGAAGGAAAAGCUGGAGGAAAAGUGUCAAAAACUGCUGUACCGUGCGCCCGAACUGUUACGCGCUGGCCCGACCGCCACCGUGCCGGGCACCCCGAAAGGUGACGUCUACUCGUUCGGCAUCGUGCUGUACGAAAUCUUCACCCGGCGCGGUCCGUUCGGGGAAAUCGAAUGCACACCGAUGGAGUGUCUCAAGCGCGUCCUAAACCCCCUCGACCCGAACACCCCAUUCCGGCCCGCCAUACAGCCGCUGGAAACGUCGUUCGACUGUGUGCGCGACUGCCUGAAGGAGUGCUGGGCCGAGCGGCCCGAAGAUCGGCCCGACUUUAAGACGAUCCGCAACCGACUGCGCGUCCUGCGCAAGGGCAUGCGGCCCAACAUCUUCGACAACAUGAUGGCGAUGAUGGAGAAGUACGCCAACAAUCUGGAGCAGCUGGUGGACGAGCGGACGGACCAGCUGCAGGAGGAGAAGAAGAAGACGGAAGCGCUGCUGCUGGAGAUGCUGCCCCGGCCGGUGGCGGAGCAGCUCAAGCGGGGCCACAAGGUGGAGGCGGAAAGCUACGAUCUGGUGACGAUCUACUUCAGCGACAUCGUCGGCUUUACGUCGAUGUCGGCGGAGAGCACGCCGCUGCAGGUGGUCGACUUUCUGAACGAUCUGUACACGUGCUUCGACUCGAUCAUUGGCCACUACGACGUGUACAAGGUGGAGACGAUCGGGGACGCGUACAUGGUCGUGUCGGGGCUGCCGAUCCGGAACGGGCUGAUCCACGCGGCCGAGAUAGCGUCCAUGUCGCUGCAGCUGCUGGAAGCGGUGGCGGAGUUCAAGGUACGCCACCGGCCGAACGAUCGGCUGUAUCUGCGCAUUGGCAUCCAUUCGGGACCGGUGUGUGCGGGCGUGGUGGGGCUGAAGAUGCCGCGGUACUGUCUGUUUGGCGACACGGUCAACACGGCGUCGCGCAUGGAGUCGACGGGCCAGCCGCUCAAGAUCCACUGCAGCUUGCAGACCAAAGAGAUCCUGGACUCGCUCGGCGGGUACCAGUUCCAGGAGCGCGGUCUGGUGCCGAUGAAGGGCAAGGGCGACCAGCGGACGUUCUGGCUGGUGGGCGAGGAUCCGGAUGCGCGGGCGAGGCGCACCAAGGAGCGUACCGAGCGGCGGGGCUCGCGGGCGUUGAACAAGUAUCUGGGGAUGCUGAAGAGCGUCACCAAUCUGCCCGGAGUGCGCAGCUCGCUCAAGAGCCGGUCGCUCGGGCUGCCGCGCGGCUCGCUGCCUCGCUCCUCUAGUCUGGAGUCACCGAAAAGACUGAGAUUCGCCAGUGGAGCCAUGCUCGAGCAACAUCGGUACCAUCGGUACAGCGAUGACGCGCUGAUGGAGGUCAUCUCGGACAGUAGCAUCCGGCGGUCGGAUUACAGCAUUUCGGACGGUGCGGAAGACAUCACUGCCUCCUGCCCGUGCAUCGAGCACCUGGGGACGGACCCGCCGGCCGAUCCCGCCUAUCUGCUAACGAACGGUCCGACGGUAACGACACCGCUGCUCAACAACAGCAUCGCCACCUAGUGGGCCAUCUGUCCUUCCUUUUUUUUUCUUACCGAUAUCUAGUCAUACGCUCAAUGUCAUGUGUCUGUCUGUGCUUAACUGCGAUACGCAAAUGGUGAUAACAAAAACAAACAAACAAACAAAACUAGAAACAGGAGAGAAUGUUGAAAGCGCAUUAUACAUAAAGAGAAAACCAGUGCAAAUGAGGAUUUGGAGAGGAAAGGCUAGUGUUGGACGAUGGGAAGUGCUCCAGUGUUGAGUUGGGAAAGGCUGCAAGACGAGCCAAGCUAUACAGGAAAGCAAGAAAACAAGAAAACAGUAUUGUGAAGCGGGAGUGCCGACAGUGCAACGCGCACACAUCAUCCUUAUCAACAUCACUGUUGUUCGUUUUGUAAUGUGUCGUCAUCUACUAGUUGUGAAAUAAAUAGAGAAAGUUCACAAAAGCA